UGUGGAGUACAGAAAUCAAUGACAGAACACAAAAAUCCUACAGAUAUCAAUGAAGUAUUACCUCCGUCUUUAGCUGCUGUUAGAGAGAUAUUUUCGGAGUUUAACGUCUCGGAAGUUUCGGAUGAAAUAUGUACACGGGUUUUGGACGUUUUGUAUAGACACACAUGUGAUGUCAUCGAAGAGGCAAAGGCUGUUUCUCAUCAUGCCGGUCGACCGAAAAUUGAGGAAGAUGACGUACAACUAGCCAUCAAUUCAGUCACAGAUGGACUUAUGUUCGCACCCCCAUAUAGAGAUCAGUUACUAGCUUAUGCUGAGAAAAAUGAACAGCCACUACCAGCUGUUCGUCCUCAUUGUGGCAUUCGUCUACCCGCUGAACGCUUCACACUCACAGCUCCAAAUUAUUCACUUUUAUCAUGUGCAGACAACGCAAAAACAGCUUUUGUAUUCAUCGUUGUUCAUAUAGCUUGCUACAAAGAAAGGUUUCUUCACUUCGUUUGAUUAUCAACCAAGUGGAUCACGGGAUCGAAACUUUUUCCAUUUAUUGUUAGAAGCAGACAAGUAUCGCUAGGUCUGAAUAUGGGAGUUGUAGUCCUAGUCAUUUACUCCUUAUAUUAUUAUAUUCACCAAUCGGAAUCAGCUUGAACAACUAUCUAAGGUAUUAUAAAUACUAUAAACGUAUAUUUUCACAUUUUUCAAGAUCGUCGAUAAACGAUUAUGUAUGAGCUCAUAGAAUGUGUUGUGAAAUAGAAUUUCGUUUGCUACUCCCCAAAACUUAAAUGCUUAGUAACUCAAUCAACAUUGUAAACUCUUGACUCCCCUUACUGUGUAACACCUUUAUUGGAUGUGAUAAUUACUUACGCAGCCAUGAGUAACGGAGAUGGUGUGUUUGCAAUAUAGCGGAUGUUCCUUCCAGGGGCCUGUGGAAAAUAACGAUUUUCUUUGUGACUAUUAUUUGACUGAUGACAUGGUGCAAGGCGAUGAUAUUAUUCAAAUAUGGUCCACUAAAUCCUUUUGUUUCAAAUUUUAGUGUUUCGAAUGUUUUUAUAACUCUAUUAAAGAGUACAUGUCACCAAUGGUAUGCAUACAAUCCACUUGCUUGUGCUAUGUGUAGAUAUACUAUCAGGCUGUAUAGUUAUGCUAUUUGGACAUUAAAGUCAUGAAGAUCGAAAAGCUCUUUUCUAUUGGUGACCUCAAUGUAUUGGUUUUACCACUUAGGUUUCGGUGAAGUACUAUUACUGUCAUCUGUAAAUAUAACUUAAAUUUUAGGGAGACCUUAAAACAGUACCAGAAUUAAACUUGAUUUAUUUUUAAAUAAGUAGAAAAGUCACUCAGUACAUUGUAAUUUAUUCUUUUUUAUGACUUACUGACCGUGUGAAUGGUCCAUUUUAUUCUUAGGUGUGGUGAAAUAUUUACCCAUUCAUUGAAGCUGUGUUUGAAAUAAAGAAAAUAUAUUAAAUCCUUCAUCUGAACUCGCUGGGGAUUCUUCGAUGACACUUCAUAUAUCCAACCCCGUUAAUCCUACCAAAAAUAUAUUUAGAGCUAUUAAUCCUUCAACCAGACCAAUUACUGUUGGUAAUCCUAUGGGACCAUCUGUUCAUGUUAUUGCCGCUCCUGGAAUGGGACCUUCUAUGAUUCGUGUUCAAACUGUCCAAAAUGUUGCUCAAUUGUCCAGUGUAGAUACCAGCACUGGCUUACGAACACUUCCCGUGGGCCCUACAGUAUCCAGUGUCAUGUCUUUGAAUCGACGUUACAUGGACACAUCAUAAUUCAUUUUGGCAGUUACUAAUGAUAAACUUCCAUGACUUUUUUGGCUAUGAACUCUAAAUUAGGAUCCUCAAUACCAUUUCAGUGAUGAAUUUUUCAGUCCAUUAUUUUCUUUUAUCAUCAUGUAUAUAGUGUUCAAUUGUAUAUAAACUUUUGUAAUUUUUUUUGUUUCCCUUUUUUAAUUUGUUACUCAACUGUACGUAUACAAAACUUAGAAGUUAACUGAUUUGAGUAUAUUGACCAGUUAGAGGAUGAAGUUUCCCGGAAUAAAAUAUAGAAAAGAAAACUGUGUAAGCAUAAAAACACUACAGUUCCAAAUGCAUUUAGCCGUGAAUAAGUUUAUGAGUACAUUGAACGAUUAUGGUAAUAAAACGAUUUAAUUCCCAAUAAUUCCUGCUGUUUUAUUCUUAAAACAAUCCUUUUAUUUCUACACAUACUAAUCUCAUAUCUUCAGUAUUGAGAGAUCUAUAGAAAACAUUGAGGUAGCAGCAAUUGUCCGUUUCUGAUUUUUAAUAAGUCAACUAUUUUAAAAACGUUUUGGAUCUGCAUGAUGAUUGUGAUCAAUAAUUCGGAACUUUAUAUAAUAAUUGAUCCAAAUCAUUCACACUGGCUUAUAUGUUCUCUUAAAUCUUGAGUUUUAGCAUACUUCCUUGAAUUCUGUCGACUUAUUUCAUCCCUCCUUUUCAGUCGUAUUUUCUGUGUCUAAAUGUGCUAUCAUCGAUACUACUAAUAUUCCAAAUCUCUUUUGUCGGUUUUAUGUCGCUGCGGUGCUGUGUCGUGGUAAAUCGGAUCAAUGUAUAUACAUACCUGCUGACUAUGACUGACUGUUUAGAAACUCAUAACAAUUACACAAGUGUUAACUACUACAAUUCAAUAAAUGAAAAAUGCAGCUGUAUUUCGAUCUGUGGUUAUGUAAUACAAUAUCGUUGAACAGCCCCGAAAAUAGCGAUUAGCAGAUCGCAGAUUUGAGUUCUAACUGGCAGUCAAAAUUACUAUAAUUAAAGCUAACAAGAAAAUAUCAUGUAAUGCUCGUUGUUAAAAGCAGUAGAAACAGUCUAUAGAUAUGAUUACUGUAAUGAGAAAGAAAUACAAAUUGAAUAAUUAUGAAGAUAAAUGAUUUAAACCCCUUCUCCCAUAUAAAUGUGGAUAAAAAUAGAUAGAUAGUUCUUAUCGCUACAUUUGUAUAACAAGCACACCUCAAAGUGUAAAUGACAGCGAAAUACUUGAUAAAAAGGAUAGUUAUUAUAUGUGAAAAUCAUAUUUGAAUAAUCUCAGCGAUUGAAAUUUAUGAGUACAUUAAACGAUUAUGGUAAUAAAACGAUUUUAUUCCCAAUAAUCGCUGAGAUUAUUCAAAUAUAAUUUUCACAUAUAAUGACUUCUCUAUACUCGGCGCCCAAUUUCUGUCAAACUAUUCGUUCUAAUCUUGACGAAUAUUCGUAUAAAAAGGAUAGUUGUUUAUUGACUUGUAUGGUUUAAAGUUAGUAAAUUUGAAAAUACAGAUUAUUGAUCCGCUCGAUGUUUUGAAGGCAACACCUAACUGUGGUUCAGACUGGAUCUUCAGUAAAUAAGUCAAUUUCCUCAAGGUUUCCAACACGGUUUGUUAAUGAGUGUUAGUCAACAAUAAAGCUAGAUCCAGAGAUGCGCAACAAUGUUCUUCGAUCAGUAUAAAUAAUUCAUCACAGUUUCUAUUAUUUCUACAAAUCAUUGUAAAUAUAAUUUAUUUAAAGUAUAAUAUUAUAAUGGUUGAGAUCAUGAGUCAAUUAAAGCUAGACCACCGUGGAAAACCUAGGAGCACUGGACGGCCAUCUCGUUCUAUUGUGGAACUCCUCGGCAGUACGCAUCCACCAUCCCCCCUCUCGAGAUUCUAAUCCAGGAGUCCCGUAAUAGGACGAAACGGCCGUCCAGGUUUUCCACGGUGGUCUAGCUUCAAUUGACUCAUGAUCUCAACCAUUAGAAUUGCUAUAAUAUCCACAAAACCCCUUCUGAUAUAUUAUACUUGUUGUUGGUUCACUAAACCACGUUUACAGUUUACGUAACAUUGUUAGUCAUAUAUUUUUUAUUACCCAAAAUCCAGCUUAUUUAAAACAGACACUAAAAUCUGUCAACUAAUCAAAUGGAAAUCUUUUAAUAC